CGGCCAUGUUCGCCCAGCAUGACGGUAGAUGUGACCUCGAACUGACCGACGGUUGAGAUACACGGGUCAAGCCGUGUGGAUGUCGGAAUUGGAGUGGACUUUGGUAGGCCUUCAGCUCAGGUUCGUGCCUAUAUAAUGGAGCUGCCUCCCCUCCCUUGCUCCAUCCAGCUCAAUCACAAAACAAUCAGCUUCACAUUCGAUCAGCAGCUUCGGCCACAAUGAAGCUGACGAUUCCCUUGUCAGCAGCUGCCAUCCCACUGGCGGGAGCAGCAGUCAUUCAACCUCGCUCCCCCCUUAACCUGACGGAGCUUGAGCGGUUUUGGUCCUAUGGCGGCUCCGAGCCCGUCUAUCCUACUCCCGAAGUUCAAGGUCUGGGUGACUGGGAAGAUGCUUUCACCAAGGCCAAAGCCCUUGUGGCUCAGAUGACGGACGAAGAGAAGAACAACAUCACGUACGGUAUAACCUCCACAACCAAUGGGUGCGGAGGCAAUACUGCUGGUGUGCCUCGUCUUGGCUACCCCGGUAUCUGUCUGCAGGAUGCCGCCAGCGGUGUUCGUGGUACGGACAUGGUCAACGGCUACGCGUCCGGCUUGCACGUCGGCGCUUCAUGGAACCGGGACCUGGCCUACGAGCGCGCCCAAUAUAUGGGCGCGGAAUUCAAGCGCAAAGGCGCCAACGUGGCAUUGGGGCCGGUUGCUGGUCCUCUAGGCCGUAUCGCACGGGGAGGCCGCAACUGGGAAGGUUUCAGCAAUGACCCGUACCUUGCUGGAGCCCUGACUGGGGACACCGUGCGUGGCCUGCAAGAGUCGGUAAUUGCUUGCGUUAAGCACUUGAUUGGCAAUGAGCAAGAGACUAGCCGGAAUAUCCCUGGCUUGCUGUCCGGUGCCCUUAACCAGUCCCUCUCAUCCAACAUUGACGAUCAAACCAUGCAUGAACUCUAUCUUUGGCCCUUCCAGGACGCCGUCAAAGCCGGUGCCGGUUCGGUCAUGUGCAGCUAUAACCGUGUCAAUAACAGUUACGGCUGUCAGAAUAGCAAGACCAUGAAUGGUCUACUUAAAGGCGAGCUGGGCUUCCAAGGGUUUGUCGUCUCUGACUGGCACGCCCAACACACGGGCCUGGCCAGCGCCGAAGCAGGCCUGGACAUGGUCAUGCCCAGCUCCCAGUACUGGGAAAAUGGCCACCUUGCUGCCGCCGUGAAGAACGGCUCCCUCGCGUCUUCUCGCCUGGAUGAUAUGGCCACCCGUAUCGUGGCAGCCUGGUAUAAGUAUGCCGAAUUUGAGAACCCCGGCCAUGGCAUACCAGUGAGCUUGCUCGAGCCGCACGAGCUGGUCGACGCCCGCGACCCAGCCUCCAAAGAGAACAUCUUCCAAAGCGCCGUCGAGGGCCACGUCCUGGUGAAGAACACCAACGGUGCACUCCCUCUCUCGAAGCCUCGUUUCCUGUCCCUCUUCGGCUACGACGCCAUCGCCGCCUCCCAAAACACUAUGGAUGACCUCUCCUGGGCCAUGUGGUCGAUGGGCUGGGCCAACACGCAAACCUACCCCAACGGCAGCGCCGUCGACCCCAGCAUGUUCAUGUCCAUGUUCCUUGCCAGCGCCGACCCCAGCGCGACCGGCCCGGGGGUCGCCCUCAACGGCACGAUGAUUUCCGGCGGCGGCUCCGGCGCCAGCACCCCAGCCUACAUCGAUGCGCCCUUCGACGCCUUCCAACGGCAAGCCUACGACGACAACACCUUCCUCGCUUGGGACUUUGCCUCGCACAGCCCGGUGGUCAACCCCGCCAGCGAAGCCUGCCUGGUGUUCAUCAACGAAGCCGCCGCCGAAGGCUGGGACCGCCCGUCGCUGGCGGACAGCUACUCGGACGAGCUGGUACUGAACGUGGCGAAGCAGUGCAACAACACGAUGGUGAUCAUCCACAACGCGGGCGUCCGCCUCGUCGACAAGUGGAUCGACCACGCCAACAUCACGGCGGUGAUGUACGCGCAUCUCCCGGGCCAAGACAGCGGACGGGCGCUCGUCGAAGUGCUGUACGGCAAGCAAUCGCCCUCAGGCCGACUGCCCUACACCGUGGCGCGCCAGGCCAGCGACUACGGUGCGCUUCUCGACCCGGUGCUCCCCUCGAGCGGAGCGAACAUCUACUACCCGCAGGAUAACUUCACCGAGGGCCUGUACAUCGACUACAAGCACUUCGAGGCCCGCAACAUCACCCCGCAGUACGCCUUCGGCUACGGACUCACGUACACCGACUUCACGUACUCCGAUCUCGUCGUCAGCCCCACCGCUACGAACAAGAGCACCAGCUACCUCCCCGCCGACGCCGCCGUCGCAGAGGGCGGCCUGCCCUCCCUGUGGGACGAGCUGGUCACCGUCACCUGCACGCUGGAGAACUCGGGCGCCGUCGCCGCCAAGGAGGUCGCGCAGCUCUACCUGGGCAUUCCCGGUGGUCCUGCCAAGGUGCUCCGCGGGUUCACGAAGGUGCUGAUCCAGCCCGGCGAGAAGAAGCAGGUGAGCUUCAGCCUCACGCGCCGCGACCUCAGUACGUGGGAUGUGGCCGUGCAGAACUGGGGGCUGCAGCAGGGCGAGUAUAAGGUGUAUGUGGGUAAGAGCGUGGCGGAUAUCCAGUUGACAGGGAGCUUGACGAUCUGA